AUGACAUAUGUUCAAUGUGUUGACAUAUGUGAUAAUUGGUCGAUAGAACAAAAAACUGGUGAAGUUUCAUUAGAAUUUGAUAAUAAUGAUCUAUUUUAUUUUGCCCGAAAAUUCCAUAAUGAAUUUAAUGAAAAUCUUGCCAAAGCUAUUAUACCUGGAAGUAUACUUUGCAUUGAUGAAUCAAUGUGUCAAUGGAUGGGUAAAAUUGAUAAAGAUCCUGUAGAGCCUUCAGAAUAUUCUAGUAAAAAGAAAUUUGCUGAACAUUUAGCAACAAUUGCAACUAUGUUACAAUUAACUGAACUAUGUUGUUCCACAACAAACCUUAAGAAUGAAGUAACUAGAUAUAUUAAGGAUCAUGGUAAUGUUAAAUUUCAUAGGCCUGCUGUUUUUGAUGAAUAUAAUGAAUAUCGAUCGGCUAUAGAUAUACUUAACAAUUUAUAUAAUUCUUCAUCUUCACAGCUUAAAGGAAAGCGUAUUCAACGUCAUUGUAUUAGUUGUCAUAAACGUACUACUACUGGUUGCAAGUGUUCCAUGCCACAAGCCAUGUGUUCAAAUUGCUGGGCUAAUCAUAUUCGUAAUACAUAUAAUCCAAUUCGUACGGGAUAA